GUCAGCUCCCUCCCACACACAGAUUUGCUGAGAAACCAGUGCACAGAAGAAAAUUCAGGAGCUGCGUCUGUUCAGAGUUUUGAGGGAAACACUGACUGCCUGAAGGCACCAUUAAAGACAUGGACUGUCCAGCAACAGCACAGGAUUCAGGAACAGCGAUUGGAGAGGCAGAAGAACCUACUGACUUAUUUGAGGAAGAAGAGAAAUGCAUUGUUAAAGGCAUGGACUGUCCAGCAACAACACAGGAUUCAGCUAUUGGACACGAAGAAAAAUGUAACAACCUAUCUGAAGAAGAAGAGAAAGGUAGCAGUAACAAUUGGGACAACCCUGAAAGAGCAGAGGAUUUAGUGGGAGCUGAUGGAAAUGAUGAAGAGACUGCUGACCUGUCUUUGGAAGAAGAGAGAGGUACCUAUAAAGGCAUGGAGAGCCCACCAGCAGCAGAGGAUUCGGGGGUUGUUGUUGUACAGGAAGCAAAAGCUGCUGGUUUGUCUGUUGAAAAAGAGAAAGACAGUGACUGCCCAGAAACAGCACAGGAUUCAGGAACAGCUAUUGAAAAGACAGAAGAAGGUAUUGGCUUCUCUGAGGAAGAAGAGAAAGGUACUAGAAACGAUAGGGACAACCCUGAUGGAGCAGAGGAUUUAGAGGGAGCUGAUGGAAAGGAGGAAGAGGCUGCUGAACAGUCUUUGGAAAAAGAGAGAGAUACCACUAAAGACAUGGACAGCUUUAUAGCAGCAGCAGCACAGGAUUCAUGUGGAGCCACUAGACAAAAAGAAGAAGCUAUUGGCCUAUUUGAGGAGGAACACAGAGAAAACCAAAACACCCUGAAUAAAAUGAUAAAACUCUAUAAAGAGUCGAAGCUCUCCCUGAGGGACAUCCUGGACAUUGGGCAGGAGAAUAUAAAUAAAGUUGCUCCCCAGACUGUACAAGAUCUUCCCUGGGCUCUUCUUAGGAAACUGAUGGCUCUGGACAGGACUGCAAGAACAAUUCAACUUGAGGAUAUUUCUGGGAAUUCAUGGGCAGAUACAGAUUGUUUAAAAGAGGAUAUAUUUCAGGAAAUGUAUUUGUAUAGCAAUUAUCAUGAAUCUAAUUCCAUCAAUCCUUUAGACAUUCUGUGUGUUCUCUUGCAUUGCUCAGAUAUGUUUUUACAGCAGAACAUCUUCUCCAAAAUGUCCAUGUGUCAGUUUGCCGUCCCACUGCUGCUCCCUGCUGGUGAUGGGCCAGAAUGUACCUUCAUGCUCUGGGCUAUGAGAGACAUUGUCAAGAGAUGGAGACCCCACACUAUGGCAGAAAGUAAAGGCUUUGUAGAGGAAAAUCUGGUUCAAGUAGAAAUGCCAUUAUUUUCCUUUGUAAGACUGGGGGAAAGCAAAUUAUCUAAAUCUAAAAUUCUCAACCAAAUGCUCAGCCCAGUUCAGCAAUACCAUGACUACUUUAUUCAUGAAAAUAUGGAAGGUGGGAAUAUUCAAAGACAAAUCUCUGAUGGCCUAGUGGAAAUCUCCUGGUUUUUACCUGUUGGAAGAGAGAAUUCUGACACUUUCCCAGAACCUGUUGCUGUUACUAAUUUAUGUGGAGACAUAGAGUCUAACUGGACCCAAUUCAGCUUCCUAACCCAGGUCUCAUCAGCAGUGUUUGUAUUUGCUGAGAGUAUUAAUGAGAGAGAGUGUCAGCUCUUAGCCCAGUGUAGUAACUGCAGCACCAAGUUCUAUUUCAUCAUUACUCCAAGUGGCAAAGGUGUCAGUAAAGAGACAUCAGAAUCCUUGAAAAAGUUACUCUUUCUGCUGAAUAUUUGCAAAUCACACAUACUGAUAAAAGAUAAAAAAGCAAAUGAUGCAGGACUAGUAAAACUUGUACAAAACAUUAUCAAACAGUUUAUGAAAGAAUCAGAUAAGAGAGUAAAACUGGAAGAUUUAGCAAACACAGCCACUGAACUUGGCAUCAAAGUGGAUGAACAUUCCCAGGAAUGUCAGAAAGCAAAAGAACAUGCCACAGAAAUAACUAAAGAAAUACAAGAUGUGGUACAAUAUAAGAAAGAGACAAUGAAACUACAAGGGGAUCUGUGGAAGCAAGUGGCCCAGAUAGAGAAGGAAUUGUGCAGAAUGAGAAAUCAAGGAGAGAGAAAUACAGAAGAAUAUCGAUCUCAGCUGACAGAAAAACUUAAAAAGUUACACAUGGAGCAGAACCAGGAUAAUCUACCUGAUCCUAUGAGUACGUUUAUUUCUGCCAUCACACAUUUGUCUCUAGCAGAGAAACAUUAUUUCCUGAAAUGGAUUAAAUUUGAACUUGACUCAAUGGCUAGAAAUAAUCUCUCCAUGUUAAAGGCUAAAUACAAGGACACAUGUAACAAUAAAGCAGAUGACCAACAGGAAUUAAAACAGUUAGAUCAGCAGAUAUCUGAUAGUUCUUUGGGAGCAGAACAUUUUCUUCGUGAGAUGGGGCAGUUGUAUGAGGCUGAAUGUUCCAUGGUGAGUCAAGGCAAAAUCACACCAGAAAGGAGACAAUUCUGUAAUCUCCCAGGAAUUGCUGCUGAUCUGCUAAUAGAUGGGUUCCCAUUGGAGCUGAUAGAUGGAGAUGCCUCCAAUAUCCCCCUGAGAUGGGUAACUGAUUUUCUGACUGAACUGGAUAACAAGACAGGAGGGAACUGUAAAAUGAGAGUAAUCUCUGUUUUAGGAGUGCAGAGCACAGGGAAAUCCACCCUCCUAAAUACCAUGUUUGGCUUACAGUUCCCUGUGGCCAGUGGAAGAUGCACACGAGGAGCCUUCAUGACUCUGAUUAAAGUAAAAGAUAAUCUUAAGGAGAAUCUGGGCUGUGAGUUUAUUCUGGUAAUUGACACUGAAGGUCUGAAGGCUCCAGAAUUGGCUUCUCUGGAGGACAGCUAUGAACAUGACAAUGAGCUGGCAACUCUAGUAAUUGGGCUCAGUGAUAUUAUUAUAAUCAAUAUGGCUAUUGAAAAUAGUGUAGAAAUGAGCGACAUUUUGCAGAUUGUGGUCCAUGCAUUUCUUAGAAUGAAGCAAAUAGGUAAGAAACCCAAAUGCCAGUUUAUUCAUCAUAAUGCGAGUGAUGUUUCUGCUGAUGAUAAUAACAUGAGGGACAGAAAGAAACUCUUGGAGCUUUUGGAUGAGAUGACAAGAAUAGCAGCUAACAUGGAAAACAAGAGUGGGAUCACAAACUUCAGUGAAAUCAUGGAUUAUAACUUUACAGAAGACAAUUGGUACAUUCCUGGCCUUUGGUAUGGAGUCCCACCCAUGGCUUCUGUAAACUCUGGCUACAGUGAAAUUGUGUCUGAACUGAAAAAAUAUUUGUUUGAAUUCAUCGAGAAAAAUGAAAGCCUUCAACAACCCCAGAAUAUCUUUGAAUUUAUUGAAUGGAUAAAAUGUUUGUGGAACUCUGUGAAACAUGAAAAUUUCAUUUUCAGUUUUAGGAACAGCCUGGUAGCUGAAGCUUACAAUCAAUUAUCAAUUGAGUACUCCCAGUGGGAAUGGAACUUCCGCAAACAGGUUCAUACCUGGCUAAUUAGCACUGAGAACAGUAUAAAAAAUCAGUCAGCAGAUGAACUACAACCAAUAAUUGUCAAUGAUAUUACAGAUAAGUUGUUUACUUUCCUUUGCAAUGAGAAGCAAAUGAUGUUACAAUUGCUACAAAAAUAUUUUGAAAGUAAAAAAAAUGUUCACCUAAUUGAAAAAUACAGAGAAGAUUUCACCAGAAGGGUACAUUCUCUCCAAAACGAAUUAAAAAGUUAUGUAACAUCAAAGAUCGAUGAUACUAUUAGGAUCCAAAAACAAAAACAUCAGAUAAAUAAUAUACAGAAAACUUACCAAAAAACAAUUGAGGAGAAAGUUUCCAAUCUUAUAAAACAGGUCAGAGAAAGGGAAAGUCAGCUUGAAGAUGAUGAAAUAGAAAAGGAAUUUAAGAAUAUGUGGGAAAGUACAAUAGCUGAGUUACCAAGGAAUCUUUUACAAAAACGCAAUGUCAGUCAGGAAAUGUUACUGGAGCUCAAACGAGACUUGUCCAACAGAGGGGCCUCUAUAAAGGAGAUAUUACUUAGGAUAAACGAUUUAAUAGGGUUUGGAAAAGUUGAAUUCCAGGUUAAAGAUCAGCAUACAGACAAAUGGUAUACAAAACAUGUGAAAGUAUACUGGAGCACAGAAUUCCAUAAUAAAACAUCCAACCUUGCUUCUACUUUAAUAAGAAUAUGUUCAGAUAAUGUAACAGAGAAGGUUAAUACAGGAGGAGACUAUGAUGGAACUUAUUGCCAAGAAUUGCUCAAUAUAAUCAAUGAAAGACUCAGGGAGGAUGAUGUGAAGAAACUGCACAUUACCCAUGAGUUUGAUUUGGAUAUAAAACUCCAUAUCUUGGAAAGUGUGUCUUGGAAAUUCCAGAAGAUGCAUGAUGAGUUUAUUCGGGAAAAUAACCCGGUACUGUGUCUGGAAAAACUGAAACCUCAUUAUUUAACAACAUUUAAAAAUAUAUUCCAGGAAAAAGAUGAAAUACAAAGUAGAGCCAAACAGUUCUGUGAGCUCUGCCUGAAACCUGCAAUAACCAAUCAGAUUAGGGAGCAUCUGGGGAAGGCUGUUGUAGAGGAUAUUUUGGCUAAUGAAAGUGCCAAAAAAUUUAGUUGUCGCGCUUUCUUUCAAUCACAUGUACUUGAGAAACUUUUAAAAGGUCAAAAAUUUUGUCAGUUUUUCAUGUAUAUUGAUCAUUAUGAGCUGUAUGUGAAAGAGUGGAUUUAUCAGCACAUAGUAAACACUUAUAAAAAUGGUCUAGAAAAGUUGCAAACAAACAUUCUAUCUGAUAUCUGUAAAAAAAUCAGGAACAGUCUUGAAAGUUUACAAGAUAUAUCCACUGUCUCUGACUUUUUGAUUAAGUUCUGUAAGAUGUUAGAAAGUGAAUUAGUAAUCAACCAGACAGAGUUGCAGUUGGUCAGUUUCCAAAACCAAGCAGAUAUCAAGCUGUUCUCAAAGGACAUUGAGUUUUUUCUUACAGAAACAGAGAAACAGAUCAGAUCAGAGAUGGAAUCUUCCAGCACAGAAUCAGUACUUGACAAACUCCCACUGAAACCAGAGGAUGUUCUGUUUAAGAGAGUGUUUGGCUGUGGGAAGCAGUGUCCCUUCUGUGGAGUCCCCUGUGAGGCUGGAGCUACUGACCAUAAGGAGCACUUUGCAUCUGUCCAUCGCCCUCAAGGGUUUAAACGUUUGCAACAUAAGAAGAAUACAAAGCUGGUUGCAGAGAUUUGUUCAUCUGAUGUUAUUAGUAAGUUUCGCUUUAGAAAUUCAGACACAAAUAAGAAAUUCCAUCCUUAUAAAGAUUAUCGUCUAAUAUACCCAGACUGGGCCAUUCAGCCUGACUCCAGCAUCACAGCCUCAGAUUACUGGAAAUACAUUUUUGUGAAGUAUAAUAAAGAUUUUGCAGAGGUAUAUAAUGCACUGCCUGCUGAUCUUCCUGAUGAAUGGCAUAAGAUAACAGAUGAAAAAGCUCUUAUGAGUUUAAAAGAAGUAUAUGAAAUGAAAACUGUCAAAUAUGUUCCGCCUUAGAACUUGUCUAAUAGUGUUUUGUCUCCUUCUUUCUCUUAAGAAAAUGUAAAAUAAAGUUAUGUAAAGUGCAGCAAAGGUGAUCAUUUUAACUGAUUACAGAGGUUGUCUUCAGAUUAACUUCUAGUAUGAUGUUAAGAGCGAUAUUAAUCGAUUUGCAUUUUAAUUAUGCAUGGUUUUUAAUUAUUUGGCUUUCUGUUCUAUCUGUGUUGCUAGGAUCCAAAUUAAUCUAGCAACCAAGCAGAUGUGCAUGUCAGACUGGAAUAUGAAUUGGAGAAGGGAUGAAAAGAAAUAUAUGUAACAAUAUGUAACAAUAACACUAAAGCUGCAGCUUCAGACAGCAAUAGUUUUUGGCUGCCAGGGUAUUUUCAAAGCUAUAAAGGGUCAGAAGAAGAGAGCAAAUAAUUCUAAAACUAUAUAAAAUGAAUACCAGUUUAAAAGUUACUAAUAAUUAUUCAUUAUAUAACAUUCUUGAACUUAACAUUUUAAAUGUAUUAUUUCUAAACCUGUGAAAAUAAAUUGUUCCAGUUAAAAACAGAA